UGAGUCUCAACAGCAACAGCUCCACGGGGCGCACCAAUUGCGCCAGAUCCAAAUACACAAUGGCCACAGACACAAUGGACAUCGACACCCACCGGGAGGUAAAUCUUGAAAAGGAGCGCAAGCGCAAGCACAAGAACAGAGACGACCCGUCUACGUCGAAGAAAAAGCGGAAACACGAGUCGAGCCUGGUCGCCGACGAGAGCAGUGCCAAGGCCGACAAGAAGAGCAGCAAAAAGUCCAAGAGCAAGGAAAAGAGCAGCAGCAGCAGCAGCAAGAAGCAUGGCGUUGCAGCGUCUGCCGCCGCGCCGAGCGCCACCUCCCCCUACGUCCUCACGACAGCGACCAUGUACCUGCCCCUCUCGCCCAUCUCGAUCUCGCCCACGCACGCUCUGGCGUCGCUGUGCGCAGAGCACCUCUCGCCGCUCCUCCUGACGUAUUACGCCCCGCUGCAGGGUAUCGUGCUGGCCUACUCGAACACCUCGAUCUCGAGCUCCCCGCCCUCCUCUUCGACGCCCUCUGAACCCGCCGACCCCAGCCCGCAGCCGCUGACGCUCGCCACCACGGCGGGCGAGUACGGCGUGCUCUACGUGUAUCUGACGGCCACGUUCUUGGUGUUCCGGCCCCAGCGCGGCCAGAUCCUCGAAGGAUGGGUGAACGUGCAGUCAGAGGGGUUCCUCGGCGCAGUCGUCCUGAACCUCUUCUCCGUGGGCAUCGAGCGGAAACGGCUCCCCUCGAACUGGAAGUGGGUUCCUCCCGGCGAGGAAUACGAAGAAGGAGAAGAGAGCACCGGCACCGCAGAGCCGCAGAAGGAUAAACCAGCUGCCGCCACAACCUCGGAAGACGAAGACUCGGAACCGUCCGCUGCGUUCGACGCCGAAAAGGAGCACUUCAACCCGGUGACUCUCGCGUCGGACUCGAACCCGCUCGCCGACGAAAUGAUGACAGAGGAGAAUGGGGACGCUGCCGGCGCCGGCGCGGACGACGACGCCGCCGCAGAGGGCUACUUCCAGUCCGUGUCUGGCCACCGCGUGCGUGGCACCGUGCGGUUCCGCGUCGUCGACAUCGACAUCAUCCCUGGCAGCGAGCGGGACCACGGAUUCAUGAGCAUCGAGGGCACGAUGCUGACCCCGGAGGAGGAGGCCAAGGUGCUGGAAGACGAGCGCAACGGUAUCCUCUCCACGACGUCGAGCAUGACCCCCAGCCGAGCAGCCACGCCAUCCAUGACUGGCGCUAUCACCGCCGUGGACUUUAACCCCCCGCCGGAGGAGAGCCCCAGCAAAGAGGCCAAGCCUGUGAAGGAGAAGAAGUCCAAGUCGAAGAAGAAGGAUAAGGAGAGGUGAUCUUCUUGAUAUUGCCUCUGGUUCAUGUUGCUAGCUUUUCUUUCUUUC